UUCACAACAAGCGCCAACCAGCACUUUGAGUGACUGACCGACCAGUGGAGUCCAGCCGCCCUGAAGCAGAGCGCCUGCUGUUUGGAUGUGUGCAGCCCCCUGGACUUGGUGGGAGGGGGAGAAGUUUCCCCAAAGACGCGCUUGGAUCGCUGUGUGUGCGUGUGUGUUUGUGUGUGAGAGAGAGAGAUGAUGCCUUCCUCCUCCAGCCCAGUCUCACAAGCUGCUCAGUGGAUUUGCUGAUUUCCCGAAUUUAUUUUUUUCUCUAACUUAUUCCACGGGAUUGAGGAGAGAUUUUGAGCCAGAGGAUGCUCCCACAGGUCAUUCGGAUUCUGUAUGUCUUGUCUUUCUGCUUUUUCCAAGGAGGCUUUAUCAGACCGAGCUCCUGUAAGGAGGAGAUAAAGCCCCCCGGCAGGGCAGGACCACAGCUGUCGCCGUCUGACUUCCUGGACAAGCUCAUGGGAAAAACAUCCGGAUAUGAUGCCCGCAUCAGACCCAACUUCAAAGGCCCACCUGUGAAUGUCACCUGUAAUAUUUUCAUCAACUCCUUUGGGUCUAUCACAGAAACUACAAUGGACUACAGGCUCAAUGUAUUUCUACGGCAGAAAUGGAAUGACCCCCGUCUGGCGUACAGCGAAUACCCAGAUGACUCCCUUGAUCUGGAUCCCUCCAUGUUGGACUCUAUCUGGAAACCUGAUUUAUUCUUUGCAAACGAGAAAGGAGCCAAUUUCCACGAGGUCACCACUGAUAACAAGCUGCUAAGGAUUUUCCAAGAUGGCAGCGUUCUGUACAGCAUCAGGCUGACUCUUGUCCUGUCCUGCCCUAUGGACUUGAAGAAUUUCCCCAUGGACAUUCAGACCUGUACCAUGCAGCUUGAAAGCUUCGGUUACACCAUGAAUGACUUGAUCUUUGAAUGGCUGUCUGAGAAUCCUGUUCAGGUGGCAGAUGAUCUCACCCUUCCCCAAUUUGUGCUAAAAGAGGAGAUGGAUCUGGGCUACUGCACUAAGUAUUACAACACAGGUAAAUUCACCUGCAUUGAGGUGAAGUUCCACCUGGAACGUCAAAUGGGCUACUACCUAAUCCAGAUGUACAUCCCCUCCCUCCUCAUUGUCAUCCUCUCCUGGGUGUCUUUCUGGAUAAACAUGGAUGCUGCACCAGCCAGAGUGGGUCUGGGCAUUACCACAGUGCUCACGAUGACCACACAGAGCUCUGGUUCAAGAGCCUCACUGCCCAAGGUGUCUUAUGUGAAGGCCAUUGACAUUUGGAUGGCGGUGUGCCUUCUCUUUGUGUUUGCCGCCCUGCUGGAGUACGCUGCCGUUAACUUUGUCUCAAGGCAACACAAGGAGUUCAUCAGGCUGAGGAAAAAGCAGCGGCAGCAAAGAAUAGUGUAUGCCAGUCAGCCUGGGAGUGUUGAGUCGUUGCGGAAAGAGAAUGACAUCCACGAUAACAACUCAACCUACAGGAAUCUGAGUCAGCACUGCAGCGCCUGUGCUAGGGAGGAGGAACUGGUGAGGGAGAGCCGUGGCUUUUACUUCCGAGGUUAUGGACUCGGUCACUGCCUGCAGACCAAGGACGGUACCGCUGUGGAGGCGGCCACAGUGUUCACCGCUCCUCCUCCUCCCCCGCCUCCUCCGGUCACCGCGUACGACGGGGAGGUGCUCCACAAGCGCUUUGUGGACCGGGCUAAACGCAUUGACACCAUUUCCAGAGCCGUGUUUCCCCUGAGCUUCCUCAUAUUCAACAUCUUCUACUGGAUCACCUACAAAGUGCUGCGACACGAGGACAUCCACGCCAAUUUGUAAAAAGCUCUCUGCUACAUUUUAAGGGUUUUUUUCUUCUCAGAACCGUAACUGCCUGUCAGAGCUACAUAACAGUGAAGAAAUGUGUUAAGAGGCUUUAUCUGCUUCGAAAAACAACUGCUAAAAACGUUGUGCUCAGGUGCGUCUUCAGGAUCUCAGAUGAGGAGCGAUUAAUGAGAAAGCCCAGUUAAGCUGCCUGGAUUCAGGCUGGUGUUGUUUGUUCAUUUCUGUCCUAGUUUUUUUGAUUCAAGUGGAUUACAACAGAGACAAAAACACGGAUAGUUCUUUGUGGGUUCAUGACUUUUGUUUGAGAGUUCAGAGGAGUUGGCGUUGAUCCUGGCUGGAUGACAUUUACUGACUUGAAUUUUGACACAAAGCAUCUUUGAAUGAAUGUUUUUGAAAAUUUAAAAGAUAAUGGGUUUUUUACACCUUUAGAUUAUUAACGGGAUAUAAAUAGGUGCAAGGGGGGGGGGAGGACUGGGUCUUUGAUAUUUAUUCAUAUUUAACAAGUGGUGAUAACUCAAUUUAGAUUAUAUAUAUAUAACAGUGUAUAAAGUGUACAUAAACAAAGCGCUUCAUUAAACUGCACAAAGCACAAAUAUGUAUUUCCUUUGUCUACAUUUAAAUAAAUUG